GCAGGAAUGUGAUUUACUCCGGGCAGUGGUGUAUCUAAGCUUUUUGAUCUCGUGUAAAAUCGCGUGAUAUUACAGGAAUGGCGCAAAAUGUGAAGGUCUGUGAGAUCGAUGCGGGGUUGAAGGAGAAAUUGCGGAAAUUUCGAUUUCGUAAGGAUGAGUCGAAUGCGGCGAUCAUCAUGAAAGUGGACCGAGAGAAGCAGAUGAUUUGCCUCGAUGAAGUUCUUGAAGACUGUUCUGUGGACGAAUUGAGGGAAUCCAUUCCUGAUCAUCAACCACGGUUUAUUGUCAUGUCUUACAAAAUGGAACACGACGAUGGACGUGUUUCUUUUCCGCUUUGCUUCAUCUUCUCCACUCCGAGAGACUGCAAACCGGAAUUGCAAAUGAUGUACGCCGGCAGCAAGCUGUCGCUGGAGACCGAAGUUGAGCUCACGAAAACUUUCGAAGUUCGUGAACUGGAAGAACUCACCGAAGAUUGGUUGAAAUCAAAACUAUCCAAAUGACUUUGUUUCCCACAUUUUCGUGGCUUAAUUUUUUGUUAUUUUACUAAUCAAUAUUUUGGCUUCCCUUUGUGUGAGGGGGUUUUUUUUAAUGGUAUUGUGCACGCAUAUUUAUUCAGCUUCCCUUCUUUCAAACAUGCCAAAGCUUGUGUUUUUACACCGAGUAUUCGGUUCUGUUUUGCUCAAUUGAAUUGGCGGAAUAUUUCGCGAAUUUGCUCGGAAAAAAUCAGGGAAGGCUUUUUAAAGUCUCCCACCAGUGGUUUAUCCAGCGACGGGCAUGAGAUUGUAAGCUUGUAAAAAAAAGAUGCCAAAUCCUCCCAAUUUCUUUGGAGUGAAUGAAAUUUCCGUUUUUCGCUCAGAGUUAUGGUCUUGAGUCGCUUGGUAUUCAGCUGGGCUGUAAAUACCUGAAUAGAGGCGCAGCUGAGGAUGUAUUUUUCCGAAAAAGGACGACGUGCUCUUUUCGUGGACAUUUGCGAAAUAAUCAAACGGGGAAGCUUU